UUAAAUAAUCGCCGUGUUUCCAAGUGCGUCACUUCGGUUGUGUUGUUAUUGAAUUGAAGAGCAUGGCGUCCGCUGUGGUGAUCAAAUGCCUCAGUCCUCUCACUUUACUCACGAGGAGACUUUCUGUUCCCGAAAUCUUUUCCCAGUGUUGCUAUCACCAGAAGGUGGUGGAUCAUUACGAGAACCCUAGGAAUGUGGGCACCCUGGACAAACACUCCAAGAAAGUGGGCACCGGCCUGGUUGGGGCGCCGGCGUGCGGCGACGUCAUGAAGCUUCAGAUCGAGGUCGACGACGAGGGCAAGAUCGUGGACGCCCGCUUCAAGACGUUCGGCUGCGGCUCGGCCAUCGCCUCCAGCUCGCUGGCCACCGAGUGGAUCAAGGGCAAAUCUGUGGACGAGGCGCUGAGCAUCAAGAACACGGACAUCGCCAAAGAGCUCUGCUUGCCGCCUGUCAAACUGCACUGCUCCAUGCUUGCCGAGGACGCCAUCAAGGCGGCGCUGGCCGACUACCGGCGCAAGCAGCAAGACGACCAGCAGGUGGCAGCCAAUUGAGCAGCGCUUCCCGUUUGGCACAACCCGCGUUACUUCCUGCACCUUAUAGAAGCGGACCCGGUGUGUGAUGUCACCCAAGUGAACGUCGCCUGUCACGCAUGCGCACAGCAACUUCAUGUAUGUAACCAAGCAACAGUGUGUCAAUUAUCAAAAUAAAACCAAUCCAGCAUGACAAA